AAUAUCUUGCAAUCCACCCGGUGCAGUACGCAAUUCGCUGUGUUUUCAUGUAAAAUCAUGUCCCAAAAAUCAAUUUUAUCUUUUUUCGGAAAGAAAAGCACACCAUCGGAUGGAAGUAGUGGCACAGUGACGAAACAAACGCAGGAAAACAAUAAUAAACCAGCAGAGGAAAGGUGCGUAUUCGCCGAAAGCACCUUCGUACUUCCGGCGGUAGAGUAAAACCAUACUCGCAGAGGCAGUCGAGACGAUGCUGUUGCGUAAUCUAAAGCAGCUGGCGGUGUUGGUGCCAAAGACUGCGGCCCAUUACUGCACCAUGUACCGCAGCAGUAGGGGAUUCGUUGCUGCAAUCCAAAGCUGUCGCUCGGCUCAGUAUCAAACACCAACGUUAAGUUGUGCUUUUUCCUAUCCUUACAUCCGGCGUUCGAUUACUCUUCGCAGCAGUGAACCGUCGCCGGCAAGCAAACGUACCAUCGGUCCGGAAGAUGACGAAGCUUCCAAUUCACCGGUGAAAGUGACUAAAAAAGCCAAACGAUCGCGUGUCGUUUCGAGCAGCAGCAGUGAGGAUGAACAAGAUCGAAAACCGGCCGUGGAUAGUAAGGAAAAGAAAACACCUUCCCCGAAGGCUGUCAAGGAAGAACCGACCGCGAAUGGUAAGGCAGACCGUUCCGCUAGCGUAAAAAAGGAACCGAAAUCGAAAACAAGCCCGAAAAAGGAAACUGGUGCCGGAGCGAAAGGAAAGAAGGAUAGUAAAAAAGCAUCACCCACGGCGAAUUCAAAGUCUCCGGUAGCAACCGUUAAGAAGGAGGAAAAUCCAUCGCCAAGCAAGGAUGAGUCUCCUGCGAAGAAAGCCGACCAACCCAAACCGGCAGCUAAUGGAGGAUCCGGCGCAGCAAAAUCAUUUUUCUUCUCCGUUAAAAAGCAACCGAACGAAGGUGCGGAAAUCACGACCGAUGGAGCGCCGAAAGGCGAUGGAUCAAAGUAUGAUCCGUCCAAGAAAAAUUACCAUCCAUUGAAGGACGCGUUUUGGAAGAAGGGUGAUCGCGUUCCUUAUCUCGCACUGGCACGCACGUUUCAAAUGAUCGAGGAAACCAGCGGUCGUCUCCGGAUGAUCGAGAUCCUGUCGAACUACUUCCGCUCGGUGAUACUUCUCAGCCCGAAAGACUUGCUUGCCAGCGUCUAUCUCUGUCUGAAUCAGCUCGCCCCAGCCUAUGAGGGCGUUGAGCUCGGGAUAGCAGAGUUUUCCCUCAUGAAAGCAAUCGCACAAAGCACCGGCCGUAGCUUGGCGCAGAUAAAGGCGGACGCACAAACUACGGGCGAUUUGGGCCUUGUGGCGGAACAGUCGAAGAGUAGCCAGCAUCUAAUGUUCCGUCCGGCACCGCUCACGGUGGAAGUGGUGUUUGCCAAGUUGCGUGAGAUCGCAUCCAUGACCGGAUCUUCCUCGAUGGCGAAGAAAAUGGACAAAAUUCAGUCGAUGUUUGUCGCUUGUCGGCAUUCGGAGUCUCGCUACGUUAUUCGCUCGCUAGCCGGCAAGCUUCGAAUCGGUGUGGCGGAACAAUCGCUUCUGCAGGCACUGGCUCAGGCCUGUGCGCUAACACCACCCCACGAGGAUCCUCCCGCUGUGAAUGCACUAGCCGGUGAGUCGGAAGCGCGUUUUAAGGCUCGCGUCGAAGAGGUUGCACUCGCCCUGAAAACCGUCUACUGCCAGUGUCCGAAUUAUAAUCGAAUCGUUCCGGUGCUGCUGGAGCACGGUAUCAAGAAGCUAAGCGAACACUGUCCCAUGGAACCGGGCACACCCCUGAAGCCUAUGCUCGCCCAUCCAACAAAAGGCGUACAGGAGGUGCUGCAACGGUUUGACGGAAUCGAUUUUACCUGCGAAUGGAAGUACGAUGGCGAGCGGGCACAAAUCCAUCUACUUUCCGACGGCAGCGUUCAAAUCUUCAGUCGAAAUCAGGAAAACAACACCAGCAAAUAUCCAGACAUAAUCGCCCGGUUGGAGUUUACCCGCACGGAACCGGUCACGAGCGCCAUCUUGGAUUGUGAAGCGGUCGCGUGGGACACGGACAAAAAGCAAAUCCUUCCGUUUCAGGUGUUGAGCACCCGCAAGCGCAAGGAUGCGAACGAAGCUGACAUUAAGGUGCAGGUGUGUGUGUUCAUGUUCGAUCUGCUGUAUCUAAACGGUGAGCCACUCGUCGAACGCCCGUUUGCCGAACGGCGCGAUCUACUGUACAAACACUUCCGGGAAAUCGAGGGCCAAUGGAAGUAUGCGACCCGGCUCGAUACGAGUGAUCUGGACGAGCUGCAACGCUUCCUGGACGAAGCGGUCCGUGGAAACUGUGAGGGUUUGAUGGUGAAAACUCUUGCACGCGAAGCCACGUACGAAAUCGCGAAACGAUCGCGCAACUGGCUGAAGCUUAAGAAGGACUACCUGACCGGGGUGGGCGAUUCGCUCGAUUUGGUCGUAAUCGGGGGUUACCGGGGACGUGGAAAGCGUACCGGAACGUACGGCGGAUUUCUGCUGGCCUGCUACGACGAUGAGAACGAAGAGUAUCAAACGAUCUGCAAGAUCGGUACCGGAUUCUCCGAUGAGGAUCUACAGCGUCACACGGAGUUUUUCCGCUCGCACGUUAUACCGAACGCGAAACCGUACUAUCGGCACGAAGCGAACGUUGUGCCGGACGAUUGGUUCGAAGCGGUGCAGGUGUGGGAAGUGCUGUGUGCCGACCUGUCCCUCAGUCCGGUGCAUAGGGCAGGGAUUGGAAUUAUCGAUCCGGAGAAAGGUAUUUCACUACGGUUUCCGCGCUUUAUACGUGUGCGGGAGGAUAAGGGUGCGACCGAUGCAACAAGCGCCCGGCAGGUGUCGGAUAUGUAUCUUAAUCAGGAUCAGAUUAAAAACCAAACCGGUGGUGGUGGCGCUCGGGAUGCGGAGGAAGAUUUCUACUGAGCCGGAAGGUGCAGGAUACUUCGUGUACUUGAAUUUUCCUGGUUAGGAAUCAAUUCCUGCAUUCAUUAACCUAGGCAAGGAUGUUUUUCGACGUUAUUUAAAUUUGUGUAUGUAAACUUAGGCAACUUAACAUGUUCAAAGCAAAAAGCAAAAAUAGAAAGCUCUUAUUACAUCUCCAACACAGCAGCUUUUCAACAUAUGUGGCAAGCAAUGCAAAUUUUACUGGUAAUUCACUCGGACAGAUUGAGAUUCUGUUCUGUGAUUUCUGUUCUGAAAGGGGAGAUUCAGGCCAACAUCAACAACGAUUAAACAUUUUUUUUAGCAAAUAGAAAAAAAUUGAAAGAAAGUUUUAACUUAUGAACAAUAAACUGAGUACUUUUGAGAACUUUUUAAGAUGGGAAUGGACCUAUCGGAACAAAAAGUACUGUCUGGACGAGUCA